GCGUGGCCCGGGGGCCCGGGGGCAGCGUGGGCGGGGGGUCCCGCCCUGGCCCGCCUUGGUUCCCAGAGCGUUCCUAUCAGUGCUUCUCGCGCCCGGCCCUCGCUGGGGGGCCCCCUCCAUGACUUCUCCCCCAGAAGACUACUCCGGAUAGCGCCCCAUUACCGCCCCCCGUGCAGGACAGCUACCAGAACGCGCUCACUCGUGGCGAUCCCUCAGCUGCUGCCAGGGCCCCCCACUAAGGCUUUCUCAUAGGUUCCCUUUCUACAUAGUCCCCCCGUUUUUGCUUCCUGCAGGACAGCCCCCCAAAUGCCAUCGGCAUUGCCCGUCCCCGUGCGGAGCAGCUGUCCGUGAACCCUCCCUUUGGUAUUCUUGUAGGUUGCUUCGCAAGAGUGUGAUAUUAGUAUUUUAUAGCAGAUCCCUAUUUUCUCUGUCCACGCACAACAGCCCCAAAGCUCUUAACCACCCCCCUCCCCAACGCCCCCUUCGUUACUGUAAAAAUACUUUGCAUUCUGAUCAGCGGCCCAAAAUACCUUUUUUCCUUUUCUGCCCCCCCCCCCCCGCAAUAAUCCCCCUUGAGAAUAUUGCUUUCGAUGACCGACACCCUCACUCCCCCCUUCCAUAGACAGCUCCCCCUAGAGUUGUACUGGCACACUCACAUCCUCCCCCCUUCAGAUAGGAAUAGCUGUCAGUUUAGCCCCAGGCUCCCCUGAAACACCGCCACCCCGCCCUCCUCGGGGUCAGCGCCUGUCUGGGGUCCUCCCAGGGAACGGCGCCCCACGUGAGGCUUUCCCCUCAAAGCUCUUCCCCUGGCCCUGACAGCUCGCAUCCUCACCUGCAGCUUCUCCCCACGCCCCUCCUCCUGGACUCCCCAAGGAAGACCCAGCUUCACUGGGCAACGGCCGCCUCUUCCCCUGGACAUUCAUUCAUUCACUCUUCACUGAACGAACAUGCGCUUGCUGUUCCAGGUCCAGGGUGUACCGCGCAGUGAAGGGGAGAGAGCCAUACAGUCUUUGUUUUGUCGGUCUUUACAGUCUGGUUGAGACAGAUCAAAAGCAAGUAAACAAGAUCGGUGCUGUUUUUCUGGAUUUUUCUGAGAGCCUUAUGAGCUACUUCAGAGGUGAAACCUGAAUUAGCACAGGCAGCCUCACCAUGGAAAGGUCUGGGUGAAUUGUUCCAGGCAGGGGCCCUGAGGUUGCUGUGAGUGUGCUGAUGGGAGGGGCAGCAGGGGAGGUAGUGAGGUUGGAGCAGAGGAGUGGAAGGGAGGAUGAGCAGGGAAACGGUGUGAUCUCACAGGGCCCUAGAGGUGAGGGCGUUGUGACCAGUCUCCUGGCCUUGGUCAGCUCCGCGGAGCCCAGAGCAUUCUUCAUUUGUUCCUUCUUUCCCUUUGUUCAACAACUGUUUAAUGAACACCUGCUACACACUGGGGAUGCAGCAAACAAAACAGACAAAAACCCCUGUCCUCGUGGAGUGCAUAUGCCACCUCUGGGGCAGACAAUUAAAAAGCGAAAUAUAGAUGUUUGUGUGAAGGAAAUACAGCAGAGUCAGAGGAGGUGGCAGGAAGGCCUCUUUCAAGAGAUCCGUCCCCCCAGCACCAAAAAGUUAAACCUGUGUGUAGACUCCUCUCCUGGACAGCUGCAGUCCCCCCCGGGGUAAGGGGGUGGGGGGCUCCUUAAUGCUCCCCUCCCCCGGGAGUGAAAUGGUUAAGGGCAUGAACCCUGGCUCACUAGCUAUCAUAUCUCUGAGCAGACCACUCCCUAUUCCCCAAGCCUCUUUCAUUCACUCAUUUUACAUGUUUGUUGAGGCAGGCCCUGUUCUAAGUGCUGACAAGUGACCAAAUCAGAUACAAAAUCUUGCCUGCUUGGAGCCCACCUCCUGGAGGGGCAGUCCAGCAACAAAUAGAACAUACCUUGGUGGCACUGACUGGAGGGCAUGGCAGCCCACUCCAGUAUUCUUGCCUGGAGAAUCCCCGUGGAGCCCUGCGGACUGCAGUCCACAGGGUCACAAACGCACACACGCAUGCACUGACUGGAAAGGAGAGAGGCGAAGGAGGCUGGGGUGAGCAGGAAUGUUGCUGGGGGUGACAGGUCACAGUGGUCUUGGAGCACCUUGCUGAGAAGACAGCGUCUGAGCAAAGACGUGAAGGAGAUGAGGGGGUGAGAGAGCUGUGUGUGUGGGAGUCCCAGCCUUCCAGGCAGAAGCAACAGCCCCUGCAAAGGCCCUGGGGCAGCGAUGGGAGCCAGCAUGAGGCCAGAGCUGCCAGGAGGCAGCUGGGGCUGUGGAGGUCUUCUCUGACCUCUUUUGAGAUGUCACUGCAGGUUUUGAGCAAAGGAGCAACAGUGACAUGGUUUGGUCUUAGUCUUCCUGUCUACUAAGUAAGAACAAUAAUAAAGCUUAUCUUUUUCCUUUUUUUUUUGUAUUUAUUUGGCUCAGUCGGGUCUUAGUUGUGGCAUGCGGGCUCAGUAGUUGCGGCGUGUGUGAUCUUUAUUUCCCGACCAGGGAUUGAACCCACUUCCCCUGCAUGGCAAGGCAGAUUGUUAACCACUGGAUCACCAGGGAAGUCCCAGUAGUGCUGCUCUUGCGAGUCUGUUGUUUGAUUGAAAGAAGGCACAUAAAACAGUGCAGUGCUGGUUAGCAUUGAGUAAAUGCCAGUGGCUAGUCCUGGGGUCGUGUGGCAGCAAAGUGAAUGGGCAGAGUGUAUUUCCAGUACAAAGUGGAGUGAAGGCUUUUUUUAAUUUUGGAGAGAAAUAUUGAAAGACAGCAUGGAAAUUCCAUGGUGGUCUAGUGGUUAGGACCCCAUGCUUUCACUGCAGGGGGACCAGGUUCCAGCCCUGGUCAGGGAACUAAGAUCUUGCAAGCCAUGAGGUGUUACCACAAAAAAAGAAAAAGAUAAAGACAGCAUGUUGUGAGGAUAACAGCAUGUCCUCUUGAACCUCACCGCUGGCCUUCGACUCCUGGCCCUGCCACUUGUUGGUGGUAUGACUUUAGGAGAUUAAUUGACCUCUCGGGCCCUCAAUCUCUUCCUCUGUAAAAUGGGGUUAAUAAUCUGAAACAUCUUCUAGGGUUAUUGGGAAGACUCAAUGAGUCAACACAUACGAAGGAUUUAAAAGGGUACUUGCCACGUAGGAAGCACUCACCCAGGGCUCCCCGUUACUAUGUGUCAUUGCUGUUGUCACUACAGAGGAGAAUCUCAUCACAAGGCAGCUUUACUGCACCAGCAGGGCCCACAGGUCUGGGCAUCAGGGGCCUGGGAUCCAAUACUUGCUUUCCCCUCCUUAGGGAAGUGACCCCUCCCACUUCUCCGUUUCCUUCCUUGUGCAAUGGAUCCAGUAAUGUACAGGACAUUAGGAGGCAUCAGGGUGAUGGUCCACGUGAAACCCAUCAGACAGCAAACACGAGUCCUUAGGACUGUGACUGCGGUUUCUGUGGGACACCUGCCCCUUGGGAGGGGCUCCCCCCCUCAGGUCACUCUGCAUGAAAUCCACCACACAUCUCCCCUUAGAAAGACAGCAGUUUAAGACUCGGGUCCUUGGAGACAGGAAAUGUGGCUCCUUUCCCAGUGGAAAUAGUUGUGAGCCCAGUCAGUUUUGUCCCUUAGCCCCACUGCCUGCAUCUCUCAGCCGCAGUCCUUCGGCAUCUCACCUGCCCUGGAGGCCCUCUUCACAUCAUUCCCACCAGAACUUGUCCUCCUGGGCACACCUCGACAAUAUCAGCUCCAUCUCUGCUAAAUGCCCGCCCCCGUAAGUUCUGGUCAGCACAGUCGAAUCCCUUUAUUUAUUCAAUGAAUUUAUAUCAGCAGACACCAAUAGCUAUAAGUUUGCCUCUGGGCCCAGCUUUAGCUGCAUCUCCUAACUUUUGUUACUUUUCCAUUUUUGUCCAUCUGAUUUCCCGCUGGUGAUGUGGGAGGGUGCUGUUUAAUUCCAUUUCAGCAAAUAAUUUACCAAGUAACCAGGCUGUGCCAGGCGCUGUGCUAGGUGCUGGGCGCCCAGUGGUAAGCCACACAGGCCAAGUCUUCGCUCUUUAAGGCGAGGAGGCCCAACAGUAAAGAGACAGCAAGAGGAAAUAUGCGCAGUAUGUUGGCCGCAGUGGCUUUGGUGAAAAAAGUGCGGCAGGAUGAGGGGCGCGUGAGUGGUGGGGCGAGGGACGCGCGUCCCCUCUCCUGGAGGUGACGUUGACCUGAAGCAGAGACCUCAAGGGGGUUAGGGCUGGGGGCGUGAGGUCUGGGGACGAGGGUCCAGGCAGGAGGGAGCAGCCGCACCACCUCACCACUCCAUAUGUUCAGGAAGGUAACCCCCCUCCCACCCGGCCCCAUGUAGAAACACCCCUCAUAACCCAGAGAGCGCCCCCAAAAUAAGGCUCCUGUCCCCUGAGUUCCACCCUUGCCUUCCUCCUCCUCGGGGAACCACCUUGUGUGUGCGCGCGUCAUGGCGGGGAUUCCAAGGGUGCUGGCCUUGGGGAGCGACCCGCAGCCUUAGCUGUACGCUUGGGGUGGGGUGGGCCUUCAUCUCGGGGCCCCGCCCCCACCGGGCGCUCCCUACCCUCGCCCCCUGCCCUGGCCAGCCCACUCCAGCACUGCCUCCUGGAUUUGGCUUUGCCCACAGACUUCCACUAGCACCCGGCCACGCCUUUGGUCCUUCCGGAGAUCAGAUUAACCAGCCGAGUGUGAAGGGCAUGGGCUGCUGAAUCGCAUCCAGGGACACCCGGAGCUGGAGGCUAAAAAUACUGACCUCCGGGCAGGGGUCGGGGAGGCACUCACCUUUCACCUGUCUGGGGACAGAUGCAGCCAGGGUCCCCCGUCUCCCCGCUGCCCAGGAUGGAGGCCAACCCAGCGGGCAGCGGCGCCGGGGGCGGCGGGAGCGGCGGCCUGGGGGGCGAGGACGGGGUCCACUUCCAAAGCUACCCCUUUGAUUUCCUGGAGUUCCUCAACCACCAGCGCUUCGAGCCCAUGGAGCUAUACGGGGAGCACGCCAAGGCGGUAGCCGCGCUACCCUGCGCGCCCGGGCCCCCGCCGCAGCCGCCCCCGCAGCCGCCCCCGCCGCAGUACGACUACCCGCCCCAGGCCAGCUUCAAGCCCAAGGCCGAGGCCCCCUCCUCGUCCUCCUCGUCGUCGUCGUCCUCCUCGUCCUCGUCGUCGUCCUCCCAGGCCAAGAAGCCUGACCCGCCGCUGCCGCCCGCCUUCGGGGCGCCGCCGCCCCCGAUCUUCGACGCGGCCUUUCCGGCCCCGCAGUGGGGCAUCGUGGACCUCUCGGGCCACCAGCACCUGUUCGGGAACCUGAAGCGUGGGGGGCCGGCCGCUGGGCCGGGGACCGCGCCGGGGCUGGCCGCGCCCCCGGGGACCCCCGGGCCACUCCCCGCUGCCUCGCAGGCGCCGCCGGGCCCGGCGGCGGCGGCGGGGUCAGCGGCCUGCGACGCGGCCAAGGACGACAAAGGCUACUUCCGGCGGCUCAAGUACCUGAUGGAGCGGCGCUUCCCGUGCGGCGUGUGCCAGAAGUCCUUCAAGCAGUCCUCGCACCUGGUGCAGCACAUGCUGGUGCACUCGGGCGAGCGGCCCUACGAGUGCGGCGUCUGCGGCCGCACCUACAACCACGUGUCCAGCCUCAUCCGCCACCGCCGCUGCCACAAGGACGUGCCGCCGGCCGCGGGCGCCCCAGCGCCGCCGCCGCUCCCUCCGCUGGGCCUGCCCGCGCCCGCCGCGCCCUCCUCGGCGCCCCCGGGGCCCCCGGCCGUGCCCGCCGACGGCAGCGCGGCCCCCGCGGGCGCGGGCGUGGGGGUGGCCCCUCCUGCGGGGGCGGCGGCGGCGGCGGCGGCGGGGGGCGGCGACGGCCCGUUCGCCUGCACGCUGUGCUGGAAGGUGUUCAAGAAGCCCAGCCACCUGCACCAGCACCAGAUCAUACACACAGGCGAGAAGCCCUUCUCGUGCUCCGUGUGCAGCAAGAGCUUCAACCGCCGCGAGAGCCUCAAGCGCCACGUGAAGACGCACUCGUCCGACCUGCUGCGCCUGCCGUGCGGCGUGUGCGGCAAGGCCUUCCGCGACGCCGCCUACCUGCUCAAGCACCAGGCGGCGCACGCGGGCGCGCCCGGGCCGCGGCCCGCCUACCCCUGCGAGCUGUGCGGCAAGUCCUACUCGGCGCCGCAGAGCCUGCUGCGCCACAAGGCGGCGCACGGCCCGCCCGCCGCCCCUGACGCGCCCAAGGACGCGGCGGCCCCCGGCGCGCCGCACGCGCCCGCCUUCCCGCCGGGGCCCUAUCUGCUGCCCCCAGACCCGCCGGCCUCCGACGGCGAGAAGGCGGCGGCGGCGGCGGCCGCGGCGGUGGUGUAUGGCGCCGUGCCCGUCCCGCUGCUGGGCGCCCACCCGCUGCUGCUCGGCGGGGCCGGCCCGGGAGGGGCCGGGGGCUCGGGCGCUGGCGCGCCCGGCAAGACGUUCUGCUGCGGCAUUUGCGGGCGUGGCUUCGGGCGCCGCGAGACCCUGAAGCGGCAUGAGCGCAUCCACACGGGCGAGAAGCCGCACCAGUGCCCCGUGUGCGGGAAGCGCUUCCGCGAGUCCUUCCACCUGAGCAAGCACCACGUGGUGCACACCCGCGAGCGGCCCUACAAGUGCGAGCUCUGCGGCAAGGUCUUCGGCUACCCGCAGAGCCUCACGCGCCACCGACAGGUGCAUCGGCUCCAGCUGCCCUGCGCCCUGGCCGGGGCCGCCGGCCUCCCCGCCGCCCAGGGCGCGGCGGGGGCGGCCGGCCCGAGCGGCUCGGCCGCGUCCGGGGCCGCCGCGGACGGGCUGAGCUACGCCUGCUCGGACUGCGGCGAGCACUUCCCGGAUCUCUUCCACGUCAUGAGCCACAAGGAGGCGCACAUGGCCGAGAAGCCCUACGGCUGCGAUGCCUGUGGCAAGACCUUCGGCUUCAUCGAGAACCUCAUGUGGCACAAGCUGGUGCACCAGGCGGCCCCCGAGCGCCUGCUGCCGCCCGCGUCCGGCGGCGCCCAGCCUCCGGAGGGCUCUGGCGGCACCGACGCAGCCACCGUGCUGGACAACGGGCUGGCCGGGGAGGUGGGGGCGGCCGUGGCGGCACUGGCCGGGGUGUCCGGGGGCGAGGACGCGGGCGGGUCCGCGGCGGCCGGGGGCGGCGGGGGCGCCAGCGCGGGCCCCGAGCGCUUCAGCUGUGCUACCUGCGGCCAGAGCUUCAAGCACUUCCUGGGCCUGGUGACCCACAAGUACGUGCACCUGGUGCGCCGGACGCUGGGCUGCGGCCUGUGCGGCCAGAGCUUCGCGGGCGCCUACGACCUGCUGCUGCACCGGCGCAGCCACCGGCAGAAGCGGGGCUUCCGCUGCCCGGUGUGCGGCAAGCGCUUCUGGGAGGCGGCCCUGCUCAUGCGCCACCAGCGCUGCCACACGGAGCAGCGGCCCUACCGCUGCGGCGUGUGCGGCCGCGGCUUCCUGCGCUCCUGGUACCUGCGGCAGCACCGCGUGGUGCACACGGGCGAGCGCGCCUUCAAGUGCGGCGUGUGCGCCAAGCGCUUCGCGCAGUCGUCCAGCCUGGCGGAGCACCGGCGGCUGCACGCCGUGGCGCGGCCCCUGCGCUGCGGCGCCUGCGGCAAGACCUUCCGCUACCGCUCCAACCUGCUGGAGCACCAGCGGCUGCACCUGGGCGAGCGCGCCUACCGCUGUGAGCACUGCGGCAAGGGCUUCUUCUACCUGAGCUCCGUGCUGCGCCACCAGCGCGCGCACGAGCCGCCACGACCCGAGCUCCGCUGUCCUGCCUGCCUCAAGGCCUUCAAGGAUCCCGGCUACUUCCGGAAGCACCUGGCGGCCCACCAGGGUGGCCGGCCUUUCCGCUGCUCCUCCUGCGGCGAGGGAUUCGCCAACACCUACGGCCUCAAGAAACACCGCCUGGCGCACAAGGCCGAGGGCCUGGCAGGGCCGGGCGCAGGGGCCGGCCCGUUGCCCGGGAAGGACGCCUGACCGGGGGGUGUGCCUCCCCUCCGCCACUCCCAUCAGACGUCCCUUCCCGGACUCGCCCCUUGGGGGCGCGGACCUUCUCUUGCCGGCCGUCCCAUCCAUCCUUCCGAACUAUAGACAGACUAGCCUCCUCCCCCAAGGCCCAUGUCGUGCAGACCCUAGCCUGCCUCUCUCCACCUGGACCUCCCCGGCCUUCUCCUCCUAUCGGACACUGAACUCGACCCUCCGUCCACCCCUGAUGUGUACCCCUCUCCAGCCCCCCUGCCCCAGCAGCCUUCAGCCCCCCGGUGAGCUGGGUGGAGCCGGGUCUGGACUGACACUCCCCCCUUCCCCGGCAAGCUGGCCGGACAGCGGAGCGCGAGCGGUUCGGGAGGGCACAGGGUGGGGGCCUGGGUGCUCUUGGUUUGUGGG